AUGACCCUAUCUCGAAGUUUCGAUGAUGACGAGAAAUGGUUCGCUGAUAUGUUCUCGAUAUAUGACAUAUUUUUAGUGUGGAUUUUGACUCUAUUUUUACAAAUUCAAGGAGAAGGAGAACAUACUUGUUCCCAAUCGAAGAAAGCCGAAUGUGAGGCCGUUUGGCGGACGUGUGUGAAUGAACAAUGUGGAGCGUGUUUUCUUGAAAUUCACGGCGAAUGUUACAAUCCAAAUUAUGCAAAGAAUGAUAUAAUAGAAAGACUAGAGAGUUGUGAUCCACUUGUUGAUCCUGAAUGUAAAAGAAAUUUGGAGGAUGUUAGACAGCAACUAUUACAACAAUUAGGAAAUGAAGAUGUCAAACGUAGUGAUAUUAAAUCAACAAAUAUACCCGAUAAGCAACAUACUAGUUCAGGUGCUUUGCCAAAAAGUAACUUUGAUGUGACCCAACCAACAAAACCCAGAGAGAAACGUUUAGAGAAUGAAAAUAUUAACAACCAAGAAACAGCAGAUACUUUAAGUAAGGAAGAUCCAGUCAAAGGCGACAAUGACAGUGAUGAUAUUCCUGAUGUUUACUUUUUGAUUAUCAUCAUUGCGUGUACUCUCUCUGGUGUGGCGGGAAUAGCGUUAUCAGGAUACUGCUGGUAUAAGCUCCACUAUAGCGAUGAUAAAGUGAACAAGAGCGAUUAUAUUCCAGGGGUUAAGAAACAGAAUAGUACUAAAAGUACACCUCAGAACGGUGAUCGAAAAUUGGAUUACAAAGCUGAGAUGUACCAUUAUGUCCACACAAAAAAUCAAAUUGCUGCGAUGGAAAGGGCAAAAAGUGAUCAUCUCAGCUCAGGUGCUGUGAGUAAUGACGACGAUGAUGAUGAAGAUGAAGCAGAAGACUACACGGUAUAUGAAUGUCCAGGCUUGGCUCCGACUGGAGAUAUGACCGUCGUAAACCCCUUGUUUAGCGAUCAAGAAAUCUCAGUGAGUGAUGAAGGACGAGUACAAAGCACUCACAGUUCACCUACUACACCAUCGCGGUCCAAUCACAGUCCUUCAAGAUAGUUCUAGUGUAUAUAAUUAUAUAUCUAUCUAUUUACAACUAUUUAUUGAUUUUAAGUUAGAAAUAAUAUCAUGGUGUGCAGUUGAUUAUUCUUCCUAUUUCGGCGCUAUCCGCCGCAUUGGUUUAAUCUUAGUUUUAUCCUCAUGUUUUGCAAACGGGGUUUCUAUAAGAAUCAAAGACAAAGAGAAAUUAUAUUCGUUAAUUUCUCCCGUAAACAAGAGGAUGUUAGACCAGAUCUCGACAAGAGGGGAAAAUGUAUAUAAACAGGGAACAGAAGAACACUUUCAAAACUGUUCCAUAAUUUAGUGAAUAAUAAAAUUAGUAUGUCAACUCAUCAAUAUGUAAUAUAAAUAUUAAAUGGGCCCAAACUGAUCCAACAGGUAAUGUUGAUCCAAAGAUUACAUGAAAGAUACGAGUCGUGUUAGUCGUGUUGGACUGCCAUUUUCCGGCCA